AUGCCUUUCCUUCUUGUUAUUGUAUCACCUGAAAUUGGAGGGAAAAAGAGAGAGAGAGAGAGAGAGAGAAGAUGCCAGUGGCACGACCCGAAUCAUCUGGUGCAGGGGUCAUCGCUCACCUCGACGUGGACUGUUUCUACGUUCAAGUGGAGCAACGUGAACAGCCCCAUUUAAGGGGUCAGCCCACUACUGUGGUACAGUACAACUCCUGGAAAGGUGGGGGUUUGAUUGUUGUCAGCUAUGAGGCCUGUAAAUAUGGGGUGAAGCGUUCAAUGCGAGGUGAUGAAGCGAAGCAAGUUUGCCCACAAAUCCAACUUGUCCAAGUCCUUGUUGCUCGUGGUAAAGCUGACUUGAGCAUAUACCGAAAUGCGGGUUCAGAGGUGGUUUCUAUUCUUGCAAGGAAGGGUAGAUGUGAGCGUGCUUCAAUUGAUGAAGUGUAUCUUGAUCUCACUGAUGCUGCCGAAGCAAUGUUAGCAGAAACUCCUCUAGAGAGCUUGGAAAAAAUUGAUGAAGAAGCUCUAAAAUCUCAUAUCUUGAGUCUUAAUGAGGAUGGAAGUGAUCACAAAGGCAAUGUGAAGGAGUGGCUCCACAGGAGUGAUGCCGAUCACCAUGAUAAGUUGUUAGCUUGUGGGGCCCUUAUUGUUGCAGAACUUAGGAUGCAAGUUUUGAAGGAAACUGAGUUCACAUGUUCUGCCGGAAUUACUCAUAACAAGAUGCUGGCCAAACUAGUAAGUGGUAUGCAUAAACCUGCACAACAAACUGUUGUGCCCUUCACAUCUGUUAAAGGAUUGCUUGAACAUUUACCUAUUAAGAAAAUGAAACAGCUUGGGGGAAAGCUUGGGAGUUCCUUACAAAUUGACCUUGGUGUGAAUACUGUUGGGGAGCUAUUGCAGUUCUCAGAAGAGAAGCUACAAGAACGUUAUGGCGUAAAUACUGGAACUUGGUUAUGGAACAUUGCCAGGGGAAUUAGCGGGGAAGAGGUAGAGGGUCGCCUUCUUCCCAACAGUCAUGGUUCUAGGAAGACAGUUCCUGGCCCUCGGGCUUUGAAAAAGAUUGCUUCAGUUGAACACUGGCUUAAUGAACUUUGUGAAGAACUGAGUGAAUAUCUUCAUUCUGACCUGGAGCAGAAUAAGCGAAUUGCACAUACACUCACUUUGCAUGCUAGAGCUUUCAAGUCCAGUGACUCUGAGUCGCAGAAAAAUUUUCCUUCCAAGUCAUGUCCAUUGAGGUAUGGCUCUACCAAGAUCAAAGAAGAUGCCCUGAACCUAUUUCAAGCGGGGUUAUGUGAAUUCCUUGGCUCACACAGAAUCAAGGCUCAGGGAAGUCACUACAAUGGAUGGGGAAUAACUUCUCUUUCUGUUACGGCCAGCAAAAUAGUUGCUAUUCCAUCUGGGACAUGUUCAAUCAUGAAAUACUUUCAUGGCCAAGAUCAGUCCAACUGUUCGUCCAAGCAAGCGAAUGACAGAUUUGUCGCAGAGGCUGCACCAUUGUCACCCUCCGGAACUGAAAGAUAUUCAGAGUUGCAUACAACUGAACUGCCCAUAGAAUUCCGUGAUUAGGUAUGCCAUGCCAAGUCUGGAUCAACAGGAAAACAAGGGAGAAGUAUCUACGAGAGAGGAUACACGUGAAACCAUGCAAUCCGCUGAUGACCAGGUGAUACCUUGUUCUUUGUCCAAGCAGGCACAUGAUGCUUUCAUCCAAGAAACUUCAGCAUUGUCAUCCUCAGGAAGUGAUCUUGCUCCUUGGCUUUGGAUCCGGGACAGAAAGCUGUUUGGCACUGAAUCCAGUUGAGCCACACAGGGAAUUUCGUAAGGAGGAAAUUGGGAUCAAGAAUUUAAUGCAUGGUAUGAAACCACAUGAUCACAAAAGAAAGAUGGUGAAAGACAAGGGAUCAUCUACAAUCUUGAGAUUUUUUCAGAGUUGCAACAACUCUUCCUCUACCCCAAGGCAAGAGCAUGUUGGAACUAUUGAUGAAACUAAAGCAUCUUCAUCCUCGAGCUUUCAGUCAAUAAUUGGCAGUUCUGAACUGAUUGAAGUUGAGCUACGCAAAGAGAACCUGCUUACACAGGCGGGAACACAUAAUGGCAUGUCAAUUUUAGAUCGAGAUGAUAUGAGAAGGGAUGCGUAGGAUUACAAGAUUGAUGAGAUUGACCCUAUUGUGGUUGAUGAGUUACCACCUGAAAUCCAGGAAGAGUUGCAAGUGUGGCUCCGACCUCAGAAGCGGGCAGCUAAUAUUGCAAACGUGGGUCUAGUAUUGCUCAUUAUUUCUUGCCCACGAAAAAUACAUAAGCAAGUCGAAAGUAAUCAGAACCAUCAUUUUCUCUGUUUUAUGUAUUAUUUUUUUA